AUCAAAUGAUACUAUUUUUAACUGAUGGGAAACCAGAAGAUGACGUUUCUGGUUAUUCAGAAGAAUCUGAAGAAAAAGAGAUCGCUCGGAAUGCGGACAUUUUAAGAACAAUUAUUACCAGAAAUAGAGGGAUGAAUAACAAGGUUAUUCUCUUUACUUAUGGAUUGGGAACAGAAGUUGACAUGGAUCUACUUGAAGCAAUGGCGUCCCAAAAUGGGAGUGCGUAUGGCGUCGAUACUUCUGUGGAUAUCCAAGAAACGGUUGGCCAAGCAAUAUUGGUAGAUAAUCCUGAAAAUCUCCGUAGUAAGAUGGCAUCCUAUUAUGACCAUUAUGCAAAUCCGCAAAUCGAUGUUCCUACGUUUUCAGUUCCACACCAAGGAGCAUCCGGAAUUGGAUUAUUAACGGUUGUGUCUCUACCGGUUAUCCAUAACAAUAAUUUCGAAGGAAUAGUGGGAAUAGGGAUUACACUAGAGGACCUCUUUUCCGACGUAACAUAUUUUCGUCAGGGUGAAUUAUCAUAUUCUUUCAUUUUUGAAGUUAGUUCCAAAUUUGUUGGUCGAACUUUAUUGCAUCCGCUAUUGCCGGCCCCUAACACUGUUGACGAGGACCCCGUAUUUGUACACAUCACGUCGUUAGAACGAUCGAAUGAGUUUAGAACACUCUUAAACCAUGCAAUAAUUGACGGCGACAAUUUUGCAGAAACAACGGCAUUUGUUUCUAAACGACCAAUAGCCCGGGGUGACUCUGCCACUGAGGGUGUCCGAGUCGUAGACGAACCGUCACAGUAUUUCUGUAAAGCGGUUGGAGAUGGAAUCCCUUAUGUUAUAUGUGUGGUAAUUGCUGACAGAGAUAAACAAACUAAACUAGAUGCACAAACACCCACCGGAAGCGAUUUUAUGUACCACAGAAUUGACAUCAGUCAUCCUGACAGCGUGUGUAGAAACGGCAAAAGAAAAGCGACAACAGAUCACUCUACUGUUAAGUUCAGCCCGAAUGCAUUUAUUGAACCGAAAAAGUAUGCUUCAGGGAAAGAGACUUCCGCCUUAGUUGAACACUAUACUGAAUAUAUGAAUGACGUAACAGAAAUUAUUACAUCAAAUGUAUUAAAGGAAAACAUACGCGAUACUGUAGUAGCUACCGCUAAAAUAGAAGAUAUUUGGAAGGAAGCAUCACGUUCAGAAGCUAAUCAAUACAUAGCAGCUUAUUUUAUGGGCACAGACAAUGGUGUUUUUAGACUCUACCCAGGCGAACGAUUAGAUGUUCAUUAUGACCACACCACUAGACCUUGGUACAAAAGAGUCAAGGGCAACGUGGGAAAGAACGUUCUAUCAGUGCCGUAUAAAGAUGCAUUUGGCAAUGGGUACAUCAUCACAUUAAGUCGUACAGUCACAGUGAA